AUGGUGUUUGGGGUGAUAUCUCUGGUCCUGAGCUGGGGAACACUUGGAGCAGGCACUGCUACUGCUGUGGGCACCAGUGACUUCUGUGUGUCUCCAGACAAGUUCAUAGCAAACAGGACCAAGGAGUUCCUCAGUGCAGAAGUGACACACUACUACCUGUAUUGCAGUCAGAGUCUACCCAACCCUUUCCAACAGUCUCUGACUAUCUUCCAGAGGUCUCUGACCACCAUGCAGAUCCAGAUACAAGGACUACUACAGUUCUCUGUACCUGUCUUCCCUACUGCUGAGAGAGACCUUCUGGGCAUCCAGCGCCUGCUGAACUCUACAGAGUUCAACCUGAACCAGUUAACAGCCCUGCUAGACUGCAGGGGGCUCCAUAAGAACUACCUGGAUGGUCUGAUGGGGGUGUGUUAUGACGGGGUGGAGGGUCUCCUCUACCUCUGCCUCUUCUCUCUGCUGUCGGUCAGUGCCUUCUGUGUCAUGCUGUGUGCCAUCCCCCGGGCAUGGACCCUCAUCACCAGCAGGGACAGGGACUAUGACGAUAUCGAUGAGGAGGAUCCGUUUAACCCCCAGGCCCGUCAUAUGGCCUUCAACCCCAGUAGAGCCAGCCAUGUACACAGCUUCUGUAGCUUCAGCAGCAGUCUGGACAGCCAGGCCAGUCCACACCCUCCACCACAGACUGCCGCCAUCCUCCCCACCUCAGAGUACAUGAAUCAGUCCAUGCUGUUUGGAGGGAACCCUCGUUAUGAGAACGUUCCUCUGAUCGGGAGGGGAUCCCCGCCACCCUCGUAUUCUCCCAGAAUGAGAACCACCUACCUGUCUAUGACUGAGGCACAGAUCAGACACUUUGGGACAAACUUCCAGCAGGUAUAGCCCCCAACUAUGGCCUACUGGUCCCCCUCAGGAAGGGUCUGUCUGGGACUACCACUGUACUGAGGAAGCGGAGUUUACAGAUAACCCUGUCCAUGGAUGUCUCACCCUGCUCUCCUGGCCAUCUGUUACUUAAAUGCAGGAGGUAUGGGGUCAACAACAGCCCAGGAACACACUGACGCUCUCAAAGUCCUGUACUGUACGUGUAGAAACCAGGAGACUACAUAGAACCCUGAGUGUAAAGUGCACUUGCCUCUCUCCCCAAACAAACCCACACUUCAGUUAUGUGUUUUCUUCAAAUGUGAGUGUCCGUCUCGAGCCAGAUCAGAAGACAUGAUUGUUAUGGACCAAGUUGAACAUUUAUAUUUUUUUCCUGCGAGUGAUGUCACCUUCGAUGGAUUUCAGGGGACAACAAAUAACCAGAUUGAUUUCCUUCACAGCCAUAGACUGUUAAAUGGUUAUUACAUGAACUCUCUUAAAUCUUCCCCAACCUGUCAUCGCUAUUACAAAGUGUCAUCUAACCAGUCUAGCAUUCAGCUCCUCUUACACUUGACUACACAGCUCUUACACAUUUGACACAACCCAAAGUCUUCAUAAUGUCUUCCCUCAGAAUGAUGAGUCAAACUUGAUGAAAACGGAUACUGUAUUGUCACUUAUCUUUCAGGUUAUUCAUUGAUGUCAAGGAAUGGCAAAUAUAAUGGACUCGUUUUUAAAUGUGACUGGAAAACAGAUAAUUUUCAUGUGAUGUCUAUACUUUUAGAGAAAAAGGUGCUGUCUAGAACCUAAAAGGGUUCUUUGGCUGUCCACAUAGGAGAGCC